GUCCCAUUGCCGGUGUCCCUGUGCCAGUGUCCCACUCCCGCUGUCCCUGUCCCGUUCCCGGUCCCCCCUCCCCUUGCCGGCCCGGGCCAUGGCCCCGGCCGUUCCCCUGUGCCGGGCGGGGCCGCCCCGUCCCCGGCCCUGGGCGGCCCGGCGCGGUCUCGCCCUCGCCCGGCUCCCGGCGCGCCGGCUGUGGCGCUGCUGGGCGCUCCUGUGGGGCUGGCUGUGGGACGGGCUCGGCCUCGCCGCCCCUUGGCUCCGCCUGGCUCGAGCCCGGCGCCUGCCGGGGCCGGCGGGGGCCGCGGGCGCCGCGGCCGCUGCCGCCUCCUCGGCGGCUUCCCCGGCCAGAGCUCCGCCGCUCGCCAGCCCGGCCGCCGGCAGCGAGCCGCCGCUGCCCGCUGCGGCUGGGGAAGCCCGGCCCGGGCCGCUUGAGGGGCGCUCGGGGGCCGUGCCGGGCCCCGGCCCCAACGCUGACGGCCACGUCUCGCCCGCACCGAAGGCCAAGGAGCCGCUGCACGAGCGCUACCGGCUGCAUUCGCUGCUGGGCAGCGGCGGCUUCGGCCGCGUCUACGCGGGGACCUGCCUGGCGGACGGAGCCCCGGUGAGUGCAGCAGGAGGAGGAGGAGGAGGAGGAGGAGGGCGGGACGGGCGGCGAGCUCAAUCCGCCCUUCCCCUCGGCUUGCAGGUGGCCAUCAAAGCCGUGUCCCGGGAUGGCAUCCGGCGCUGGGGCGAGCUGCCCAACGGCACCCGGGCCCCCCUGGAGAUCGUGCUGCUGGACAAGGUGUCCAAUGGCUUCCCUGGGGUCAUCCAGCUGCUGGAGUGGUUCGAGCUCCCCAACGGGUUCCUGUUGGUGAUGGAGCAUCCGGAGCCGUCUCAGGACCUCUCUCGCUUACUGAGGGCGUGGGGGUUCCUGCCGGAGGAGAUGGCGUGGGGGCUGUUCCGCCAGGUGCUGCAGGCCGUGCGGCACUGCACCAGCUGCGGCGUCCUGCACCGGGACAUCAAGCCCCAGAACAUCCUCCUCCACCUGGCCAGCGGCGAGGCCAAGCUCCUCGACUUUGGAUGUGGCACCUUCCUUAAGGACACGGUCUACACGCAGUUUGCAGUGGAGAUUGCCCCUUUGGCCGAGGGGGAACAGGAUUAG